AUGUCGAUGGCACCGCAGGCAAUCCACUCGAACCUCUCGCGGCCGCAUCCCACCGACUCGCGCCUGCUUCAGAACCUUAUCAAGGGCGAAAAGAGCUACAUUGACAACCUCGCUGCUGCCUCUCACUCGGGCUAUGCAGCCGCGAGCGCUCUCGCCGCCUGGGGUACCUCCGAGGCUCCUGACAUCUCCAAAGCCUCCCAGACGCUCGCAGAGAUCCUCGCCUCGGUCGCCGACGCCCAACGCACCCACGUCCAGGCUCUCGAAGGCUACCGCAGCGCCCUCAAGGAUGUGCUCGACCGCGAACACAGCAUCCGCUCCGUGGUGCGCGACCGCGACAUCCUCGUCGGCCGUCUCAUCAAGGCGAGCAAGAAAAAGGUCUCCAAGAAGGACUCGGGUCUCAGCCAGGACGAAAAGAUGGAAAAGGUCAAUGCAGCCCAGCGCGAGUUGCACGCCUGCGAGCAGGUCCUGGCCAGCGAAGAAGCCGCGCUGGUUGGCGUCAAGCGUCGCACCUUCAAGGAGGCGCUCACCAUGAGGAUGAAGACCAUGGGCGACGCAGGAUCCGCCAUGGUCGAUGCCGCCAAGGAAGCCAUCCUGUUGCUCGACGAGUUCGACACCCACGGUCCCCUCCUCCAGGCAACCGGCGGCGGACAGUACGAGAGCAUGUACGCCGACGACGGCGUCGAGACCGGCGCCUACGAUCAACAGGCUCUCGAUUCGGGCUACUACGCCGGCCAGCAACCCCACUCGGCCGGCGUCGCUUCGCCCAUUCACGCCGACAACUACGCUGCCCAGGGCUCUCCCGGCCCUGCCAACGGCGCCAACCUCAUCCGCGACGAGCAGGGCCGCUUCCACAAGGAUCUUCACGGCCGCAACAUCCAGCACUUUGACGGCGCCUCGGUGACUCCCUCGCAGUCGGCUAGCCAGGUCAUCGACCACGACCGCCAGCAGGUGCCGCUCGGCCAGCGCUACACUUCCCACUUUGAAGACGUCGAGGAGCAGGAGGGCAUCCCCUCGGACACGGACAGCGAGGAGGACUACCGACGCGCCUUCAUCGAGCCGCGCAUGCGCAUGCCUGCUCCGCACGAGCUCGGCGUAGCUGCAGACACCCGCGACUCUUUCAUCCCCGAGGGCGCUUCCGCUGCCGCACCGCCACCUCCGCCCCGCAAGGACGACGGAGCAAACCAGGUGCCCAUGCCCCCCGUCCCGAGCGCACCGGUCUUCAACGUCAACCAGGCUCGUGGGUACGAUCCCAAUAUCAACGCCGACCAAGCUUCAUACCAACACCAGCAGGCCGCCUACAGCCCGCCCCGCUACUCCAUGUCGCGUCGCAGCGGCGACUCCGAGGGUGGCUACGGCCACCAGCGCAAGUCGAGCAACUCGCUCAUCGGCAAGAUGAGCCGCCUCUUCAAGACCGACAUUCGCAACGGCGCGGCUGGGGGCAACGAGCGCCCAGGUUGGGACACGCGCACCUCGGGCAACGUCGAUGAGGGCGAGCGUCGUCGCAGCGGCCUACUCCGUCGCAGCGAGCCUGACAGCUCCGACGACGAACCCGACACGCGAGAAGUCUUCCGCAACGUCAACCAGCCACGCCCCGGUCUUGCCACCGGCGGAGGCAGCGAUGUGGGCGGCAAGAGCAAGCUCAUGCGCUCCUCGAGUGCCGCGCGCAUCCUGCCUGGUCCCAAGAGCAACCGCGCACACGACGCAGAGCAGGCCGAAAUCGACCGUAUCCGCGCCUCGGUGGUCGGUGGCGGCAUCGGCUCUGCCCCGCCCAAGCAGUCGCUCGCCAGCGGCGCCGACAGCAUCCGCUCCAACACCACGGGCACCAAGAAGAAGAAGAAGAAGCGCCCCGUCGCAGGCAGCGAGAUCGGCACCGCGCCCACGCGUCCUUCCGCCAGCUACACCAUCUCGGGCGACCUCUCGUCGCUGCACGGUAGCACCGUCGCUGAUGCCGCACGACCCGGCCUUUCCCGCAGCUCCACCAUGAAGUCCACCAGCUCCAAGAAGAAGAACCGUGCCAGCAUCGCGAGCACCGGUCUCGUCGGCGGUAACAUCUUCAACCCCAAUGCGGGCAAGUUCGGCGCCGACUCGUGGAUCAAGAAACCAGCCAGCCAGAUGACCGCAUACGAGGCCGUCGCCAUGGCCGGAGUCGUGCCCAAAGAGUCCAAGCCCAAGGAGGCAAAGCCCGCCUCCACGACGAGUGCAGCGCCGACCGCUCUGGCUGCUCCCCCGGCAGCUCCAGCAGCCUCUUCGCGCCCUGCAUCGAUCAUAUCUUCGGCGAGCAAGAACCCGCCGCUCAAGUCGGCGCUCAAGACGCCCACGCUGAGCCGAGCCAACAGCUCCUCGAGCAACAAGGCGCUCACAACCUCGCCCACCAAGAAGUCGGCGGCUGCGCCCGCGUCGCCUGCGCCGGUCAAGUCGGCGCUGCGGAAUGACAUUACGCAGAGCAUCCGUGCCGAGCCACUCCCCCAGCCCAAGAUGGAGCCCAUUCCCAAGGCUCCUGCGCCUGUCACGUCGGCGCCUUUGCCAGAGACAGUCGCUCCGCAGGCUCCCGCCGCGGCUCCUGCUCCGGUAGCAGCCCCACAGGCUGCUGCUGCUGCUGCUCCGCAGGAGAAGGCACCGGAAGCUGUUGCAGCUCCGGCUGCUGCUGCGCCAGCUCCAGCUGCUCCAGCCCAGGAGCAGGCGUCCCCCGAAGCCCCCCAGUCGGUGCUCAGCAUCGAGGAGGACAAGGGCUUCGAUGGCACGGGUCGUCUUGACCUAUCUGGCGACAAUGCUGGCGCCUCGGCAGCGGCAGCCUCGGCGCCCAACGCGGCGCAGCAGAACAAGGCGCAGAUGCCCAAGCUCGACAUGCCUAGCUCGGAGCCGUUUUCGAUCUCGUUUGACGGCGUUGCCAAGGCGGGCGGUCCACGACGCGGCUCGGCCGUGACGACGGGCAGCGCGGCCGAGGACGGUGUAGUGACGCCCGGUGCCGAGCAGACGUACCGUGCGUUCAUCCAGGAGCACGGCCAGUCGCCAUCGGUGGAGCGAUCGGGCGAGGCCACGCCGAUCGGCACGCCCGCGCAGGAUGGCGUCACGCGUCUCACGGACCGCAAGGUCAAGCUCGAGCCCAGCCGCGUUUACGGUGCGGGCGCACCCGAGGUGAGCGACACCUCGUCCGAGGAGGGCUCAGCGGUUCAAGCGGCGGCUGAUGGCAGGCACGGAGAGGGCGGCGCCAAGAAGGCGGCGCAGGUGCAGGAGUCGGCGGCGCUGGCCGAUCCCGAGCACAAGCCGGACCCGAGUCUGCAGAGCCUUACGGUGCCCGAGUCCAAGGCACCCAUCAAGCCGCUGGAUACGUCGGCGCUGACGGUGCCGACUGAGGGUCAGGGUGAGACGGACAGCACGGUGAGCCGUCGAAAGAGCGUGCGUAUGGCGCCGGAUGUGAAGCUGCCGCCCGACACGCCGACCGAGGACUCGCAUGCGACGCCGCGCGGCAACGAGCACGGAGGUCAGGAUCCCAUGGCUGCACGCGGAUCGCAGCUGAGCAGCCGCAUUGCUCCGCCCCCUGCCGCAGCCGCUAAACCUGCCAAGGAGGCCGGGCCGGUGGAUCUGGCUGGUGGCCGACAGCAUUCGGCCUGGACGAGCCGUGUGCGCGAUACCGUCGACAGCAGCGACGAGGAAGAUGCCGAUGGCGAUGGAUACUCGAGCGCCAGGAAGGCGUUUGGCUCCGCCACGCGCGGAUGGGGCGAGGCAAUAGGCACGUCCAAGCCCAAGAAGAAGGCUGGCGAUGCGGCGUCGGUUCGAUCCAAGGCGAGUGUCACUUCCAAGAAGAAGGUGGCAACGGCCGAGGCGAGUGCGCCUUCGACGCAGGCUUCGAUCGGAUACGUUCCGACAGCGCCUGGGUCGAUCUCGUCGACUCUGUAUACUGCCAAGGCGCCUGGUUCAUCCGUAGGUGCCAGUCCUGCAGCUGCACCGUCGUCGUCGACUCUGUAUACUGCCAAAGCGCCUGGCUCGUCGGUUGGUGCCAGUCCCGCAGCUGUGCCGUCGGCGUCGAUGUACUCGGUCACUGCGCCUGCGUCGGUAGUGAGCGCAAGCGCAAGCCAGCCAGCAGCCACAGCGUCUGCCCCGGCUCAAGCGCCCGCACCGCUCACCGCAUCGAACCUGAGUGCACUCGACACCAAGGACCGACCCGUCAUGCCCCCCGUACCGCAAGCUCCGCCCGUGGCCGGCCAGAGCAACAUGACCGUCCCCACCGCCCCGCCCCCCGCGAUCGCUGGCAAUGCAAGCUCCACCGGAAGCAAAGGAUUCUUCCGCCGAUUCAAGCGAAACAAGUAA